CGCCAUUUUGUGGGCCGCGCCCCCAGCCCCUGCCCGCGGCGUUCCCCCCACCGGGGCCGGCCGCCGCCAUGUCGGGAGGGCUCCGCGGGUGGCGAGCGGCGGCCGGCCCGCUGCUGCGAGCCUCCGGGGCCCCUCACGGAGCGAGGCGGCGGCGGCUGCUGCUCUCUCAGCUCUUCCAGCCCCUAAACCUGCAGGGCGAGGGAGGCGAGGCGGGCUGGGAGCCGGGCAGCCGCAGCCACAGGCUGAUGGUGCAGGGGGGGCUCAUCCACCCCGGCAGCACCGGCUGCUACUGCUACCUGCCGCCCGCCGUCCGCGCCAUGGAGAAGCUCGUCCGCCUGAUCGACGGGGAGAUGGAGGCCGUCGGCGGGCAGAAGGUGAACAUGCCCAGCCUGAGCUCGGCAGAGCUGUGGCGUGCCAGCGGGCGCUGGGAGAAUAUGGGGCCGGAGCUGUUCCGCCUGGCUGACCGGCACGGCAAGGACUAUUGCCUGGGUCCUACGCACGAAGAGGCGGUCACGGAGCUGGUGGCCUCGCAGAGCAGCCUGUCCUACAAGCAGCUGCCGCUGCGCCUCUACCAGGUGACGAGGAAGUUUCGGGAUGAGCCCAAGCCCCGCUUCGGCUUGCUGCGCAGCCGGGAGUUCUACAUGAAGGACAUGUACACCUUCGAUGCCUCCGAGGAGGCGGCUCGGCAGACCUACGAGCUGGUGUGUGGUGCCUACCACAGCCUCUUCGAGCGCCUGGGCCUCCGCUGCGUCCAGGUGCGGGCGGCCACGGGCAACAUCGGGGGCACCACGUCCCACGAGUUCCAGCUGCCAGCGGACAUUGGCGAGGACAGGCUCAUGCUGUGCCCUGACGGACACUUUGCGGCCAACGUGGAGAUGCUCAACGGGGAGCAAGCUUCGUGCCCCACGUGUGGAGAGAAACUCACCCAGACUAGAGGGAUCGAAGUGGGGCACACGUUUUAUCUGGGUACCAAGUACUCCGCUGUCUACAAUGCCAUCUACUACUCUCCCGACAACAAGCCCCACCUGGCAGAAAUGGGUUGUUACGGGCUGGGCGUCACUCGCAUCCUGGCAGCGUCCAUCGAGGUGCUGUCAACGGAGGACAGCAUCCGUUGGCCGAGCCUCAUCGCGCCCUACCAGGUGUGCUUCAUUCCCCCCAAGAAAGGCAGCAAGGAGGAGCAGGGAGCCGCGCUGCUGGAGCGCAUCUACGAUGACUUUGUUGAGGCCCAUCCGCACCUCGCGGGUGAUGUGGUGCUGGAUGACAGGACACAGAUGACAAUCGGCAAAAGGCUGAAAGAUGCCAAAAAGCUGGGGUAUCCCUACGUGGUCAUAGCUGGGAAGAGGGUUUGUGAGGACCCCCCGGUCUUUGAAGUUUGGGAUCAAAACUCGGGUGAGGUUUUGUACCUCACCAAGGAAGGUGUCAUUGAGUUACUGAGUAAAGUGCAAGUCCCUUAAAA